UAAUUCCCUCCUCUCCCUCUUUUUUUUUUAUUUAAAUAAUUUAUGAAUUACCACGAUCUUCCUAUGGCCUUCAAGCCAUCCCGAAACCGAUAAUUUUGGAACGUAUCUCCAUAACGUAUUGGGCCGUAAUCAUGUAAUACAGCCCAAGGCUGCGCAGAAUAGUGAGCUCUUAACCAGAAGUGUAUCACUCUGCCCCCUCUUCAUCAAGCGCAAAAAACCGCUGUCGACUCCCCAAAUCCAGUCGAAAUGGAAAUGAGUUUGGAAGGUGGAUUCACAAAUCUCAGCGACGAUUGCUCCACUCUUCUUCUGCCUGCGUUGUCGAUUGGGAACGUGGGGCAGCUGGCGAUCGAUAUAUUGGUAUCGUCGAGCGGAGCCAAAAGAGUGGCGUUUCUGGACGAGCCUUCGGUUCUUCCUUGCGUUGGGAAUGAUGCUUAUGGUCCGGUUCCUGAGGGCAUUCUUGCUUUGCCCUUAGAAGCUUAUGAAUCUCCUCAACAUUCUUUAACUCUUAUCCAGCAAAGAUCUCCAGUCCUGAAGGGUAUGAUGGUUGAAUUUGCUAAAAAUUUUGCCCGGUUUAUAUCAUCCAUCAAAAAGAAGCAUGUUCUUAUUCUCUCUAGCUUAGAUUCUGGAAGAAGGAAAAUAUUUGACCCAUCCAGUAUUCAAAUACACUAUCUUUCAAGUUCUACUGAUGAUGGAACUGAUAAAAGCUGUGAAGAGCUAGGGUUUAAAAAACUCGAAGAAUAUAAUCCCUCUCAAAGACGAUGGAAGCAUCUUGCUGAUCUAGCCGUAGGAAAUACUAUUCCUGAAGAUGAGCUUGAUGUUGAGGAUGAAUUGGUUGAUGAUGAUUAUUAUGCAGGCUUGCCAUUUGCCGCAUUGUUUUCUUGUUGUAAGGCUCAAGGAGUGAAAGUCACUUGUUUAUUGUGCUAUUGUUCAGAAGGAGACAACACACGAGAUUCAUUUCAAUUAGCUGAUGCAGCCUGCAAACUUCUGGGUCUGAGCCCAGAAAACUUUAAUGGUAAUGAACCCGGAGGAUGGACUAUUCCCCUUUCGUGGAUGAGUGUUUAUGGACCGCCCCCUGAUGUGUCCAUGUUUUAGCUGGUCAGAAUAUUGCAAGGUACUGAUGUCACACUGCUAAAUAGAAACAGGAGAUUAAUGUUAUUUGUGUUUCGUGCUACAAUACAUGCUAAGAGUUUUUCUAUUUUUGGCUGUUUUGCAAAAUUCAGAUAUUUGACAUUUUUUUAUGCAAAUUUAGGAAUGAAAUUAAAAGCUUGCAAAUUCAAGUGGCUUAUUUUGUAUUAGAGUAGAGAGUGGUUUUGUCAGAUUAGCACAGUUGCCAUUGUGUCAUCUUUCUGUGAUCAUAGCCAUUCACGUGUAGCGAUAAAUUGUUUAGUGUAUUAAACACGUAUAACUUCUUUGUUAGUAAAGUGCUUUACGAAA